ACAUGGUGUAGAUGGUGUACAUGAUGUAACAACAAACAGACAAACAUAAUGUUUUAGUUUUCAGCUGAAUAAGCUUCUUUGAAAUGUAGAUAGAAUGAGGGUACUCUAAAGAUAACUAAUAAUUCCGCAAGAAUUUAAACAUGCCAUGAGAACUGUGAAAAAGUGAACCAUUUGAAGCUUGUUUUAAUACAUUACAUGUUCUAAAUUGGUAUAUUCUUAUUAUAUAUCAGUAUUGAAAGAAAGAGUCUAUGUUCUAAAUCUCUGAAUCUCUACAUCAGUUAAAUAACAGCAAGCGAUUUCUUGUGUAUACUUUUUAAAACACUCUUGCUAUUCGCUCCUGCACACAAUUACCCCCCCCCCCCCACACACACACACAUUCUCUCUCUGUGUCUCUCACCCCUCCUCCCUGCAAUGCUCAACCCACUCACUGACGUCAUCAUGCUUCCUGGAACUGGACGCCAGCAGGGAAAUGUAAAUGCUGAACAGCAAAUAAGAUGUACAUUGACGUCAGUCCAGAGUCAUGCUGUGAUUACCGACAGUUCCUUUUGCAAGAGCAAGACAUUACAAAACUAAUCAUCUGUUAGGUAGAAAAUCAUUGCUGCCUCUGAGAGACAUGAGAGAUAGAGAUGUUCGUAGAGAAAAGCGAAGGGAAAGAGCCUCAGGGAAAUAGCUCUGUAAGAAAAAAGCAAGAGAAGCUGCUACUGGAGACGUGUCAGCAUAUCGGAUCUGUUCUCCCGCCACCAGCCUGCCACAGGGUGUAGUGAUGGCGAGCUCACCAAGCCCUCUGCACAGCUCUCAGCAACUUGCUGAAGAGGCCUCACGCAAAAGAGAGCUUCGCCUGAUGAAGAACAGGAAUGCAGCUAAAGAGUGUCGCCGUAGAAAAAGAGAGUAUAUAAACUACCUAGAGGUCCAUGCCUCCAUACUGGAGCAGCAGAACAAGAAGCUCAUGGAAGAGCUAAAUUAUCUGAAGGGAAUCUGUGAACAGAAGCCAAUUGAUGGCAGCAAGCAGUGUUCACUGGUGUGGCAGUUUCUACAGACUGUGGUGUAUGGACUUCCUGGGGAAGACACCAGCACUGCUACUGGAGACGUGUCAGCAUAUCGGAUCUGUUCUCCCGCCACCAGCCUGCCACAGGGUGUAGUGAUGGCGAGCUCACCAAGCCCUCUGCACAGCUCUCAGCAACUUGCUGAAGAGGCCUCACGCAAAAGAGAGCUUCGCCUGAUGAAGAACAGGGGCAUUAUCACCAACAUCAAUGUCAUGUUUAAGAACAGUGGUACGUGAAGGAAUGUCAGAAAAAAGUGAUGGAAAUUGUUGAAUAAGACUAAUCACGUCUCUUCGGGCCGGUGGUGACAAAUGAGCAAGUUGACCUGCAUAUUACACAACCAUUCUGAAUUUUUCAAAUGAGCACCUGGAAAACAAGCACUACCUAGGAAGAGCCCAUCCAUUUCUGGAGAAUAAUCAGAUGGUGGCACUCCCAUAGAGACAACUGCUACUGAAACCUCUUCUGGACUUGCCGAACCAACAUCCGAGGUAGAUCGAGAAACGUACGACUUCAGCAUAUUAACAUGGAAAACACGAGACUUCCUUCUCCGAUCAGGAGUCUUACAACAUAGUCGGUGUCACUCAACUUAGACUCAAUAACAUAGGGCCCAGAAAACCUAGCGUGGAGAGCUGAGCCUGGUAAUGGCAAUAAAACCAAAACCUCAUCCCCUACUUGGAACGUAUGCUCCACUGCUUCUUUAUCAAAUCGCAUUUUCAUACAGGACUGUGUUGUAGCCAGCAAGUGUUUCACAAGCUGCAUGAAGACGCUCACGAAGGGCACUAACAUACUCUACGUUGCUCUUGACUGGAGAUUUCCUAGAGCUCUGAGACAAGAACUCUUCCUGUAACAGCUUUAAAGGACCACGAACAGUAUGACCAAAGACUAGUUCAGCUGGGCUGAAGCCGUGACUCUUGCACUGCAUCAUGAAUGGCAAAUAACAAUAAGGGAAUCCCUUCAUCCCAGUCCUUUCCCUGACUGUACCAGUAGGUCCGAAGCAUAGACUUUAAGGUUUGAUGGAACCUUUCUAAGGCACCUUGAGAUUCAGGAUGGUAUGCACUAGAUACCUGGUGGUGAAUGUGCAGUUGCGUCAUAACCUUUCUAAAAAGCGUGGACAUAAAAUUUGAACCUUGGUCUGACUGGAUGUAUUUUGGUAACCCAAAGGUGGUAACAAACUUAACAAGGCUCUUAAUGAUGGCUCUAGGCUUUAUGCUACGCAAAGGUAUGGCUUCAGGGUACCUAGAAGCAGCACACAUCAUAGUUAGCAAGUAGGUAUUUCCAGACUUGGUUCUAGGAAGGGGGCCCACACAGUCUAUCAAAAUUCUUUCAAAAGGCUCACCCAUUACAGGUAUAGGCUGAAGAGGUGCAGGGGGAAUAACCUGAUUAGGUUUACCCGCUACUUGACAAACAUGACACGAACAGCAAUAACUGCUGACAUCGGACUUCAUAGCAGGCCAAAAGAAAUGCUUUAACACACGAUUAUAAGUCUUUCUCACCCCUAAGUGGCCAGAGAGAUCAUGGUCAUGGAUGACACUUAAAACUUGGGUUCUAUACGGCUUUGGAACCACCACUUGAAAGACUGACCUCCAAUCAUGAUCCGAGUUUGGAGGUGCCCAUUUACGCAUUAACACAUCACCAUCAAAGAAAUAAGUUGUUGAAUAGUUAGCCAUGUCUGACUUUUCCACAUUUCCACAACCGCAGCAAUACACAGAGAGAGUGAAGGGUCUGAUUGCUGGGCUUAAACAAGUUGUGAACGUCCAACACCAAACUUAUCACAUUCCUCCUUCAGUACAGAAAUAACUUUAAUAUCUGGGUCAGUUUCAGAACUGGGGAUCAUAUCACUCUCGGGGAUGCUCUCACACAGGGGAUUUGUACUACACAUAAAUGAGUCUGAAAGAUCAUCAGCAUCUUUCAUUUUUUGGGCCUGGGCACGCGUCACCACGCACAAAGUAAAAACAGAGGGAAAUUCACGUACAGCUCAUCACGGUCAUUCAAAGUCAGUUACACAGGCCAACAAAAAACCUUCCCACCCGCUAAAUAGUUGCCCAAAAUAAAUGAAACCCCCUUAACUGGCAGCUGCGAUCAAACUGCAACUUUAACAAAUCCAGCCACGACAUCAGAUCGAAGAUAAAUGUUGUUAUGCAAAGGUGCCUUCACUACCCCAAGUUCAAUACCCUGAAACAGAACAUCUGUACCACAACUAGAUUGGUCCGAUAACGGGAGAACACCCUCCAAAAUAAAGGACUGAGCGGCUCCAGUGUCUCUCAAAAUGUGCACCGACUUAAAAUCCAAACCAGUGUCAGAAAGUGAGACCAUACCAUCUAUAAUAAAAGAUUUGAAUGUAGAAUCAACUGAGUCAAGUGAAAGUAAACUGUCAGUGUUGCGGCGGAGUAUGUGCUAAAGCAACACUUUUCGGACUGUUGUGUGCUUUCCGUCGGUUUUUGCGUGUUAACACCGGACAAGCAGCAAUGAGAUGUCCAGACUCACGACAAUAAAAACAUUCACGUAACUCACUAGCAUUCUUGGGAGUAUUCACCGAGACCCUCUCAGAAACAUCACGCCGCGGAGAAGAAAACACGGUUGACAGAUGAUUUCACAGUUUCAUAAUCCAUACUUUGUUCUAAUGAUAACGCAGAACACACUUCUUGAGCUUUCCCCACAAACUUGCAUUGCAAUAGUAACGUCCAAAUGUUUCUAGGCCACUGCAGAGUGGCGGCAAUGCGCUCAAAAACAGAGAAAUAUGUGUCCACCUCACUUUCCCGCAACAUAGGAACUAACGCAAUAUGCCUACUAACAUCAAACCCAGCAACACUUACAGACGGGGUUCCUUGGUGUGCACGCUGUAACACUGGUGAUGAUUCAUGUAGAGGCACAGGCUGCGCAGGUGCAGGAGACGCAGGUGCCGGAGGUACAUUAGGACCAUAUUCUGGCCUCUCUCCAAGAGCAAACCUUAACUCCAGCUCCUUGAGUCUUAUCUCCUUCUUUGCCUCCAACUCCAAGGUUUGUAACUGUAUUAGUUGAGACUGAUACUGCUGACGACUUAACUCAAGGUCAAGUUGUUUUAGUUGGAGCGCCAGCGCGGGCUCCUCCAGCGGUGAGCCUGCUAGUACUGCGGGAUCUAUGUCCUCAGAUUUACAUCUAGCCUCCGCUGCCGGUAAAUCCUCAGAACCAACUAAAUCUAAUGCAACACCCUCCGCGGUAGGCUCAACAAGAAUUCGCUGUUUUAUCAGCUCCGCACACAGCAGCUCCUUGAUGUCGCGCUUAUUGGCACUUCAUGGAACCGAUAUGUGGAAAAAGUCUGCAAGGGUUAAUAAGUCAUCCUUACGACAUCGUUCAAACUGCUCAAACGUAGGACAAAUAACAAACUGAUCUAGAUCAAACUUUGUAGCCAUCUCUCAUAAAAUAAACCUCACACCCCUAACGCCAAGACAAAACCGCCAGCAAACGUAUCCGAAAAGAACAACACACGGAGCGCACAGGACGAGCCCCCAAUUCUGUUACGACCGGGUCUAGGUCAGACCGUAACAUACAGGUAAAAAUGAAAAUCAGCUCAAAAAUAGAAAAGAGAAAAGAAAAUAACAGAAACGUGGCAUGACAGUUUCCUUCUUGUAUUUAUUUUAUUUAGGUGGUGACAGCUUCAGAAGUCGGAAAGGCCAAAAUAAUAAGGAAAACUCCCUCUAACUCAAGUACAACUCCCUUAACCUAAUCCAGAGAAAAGAAAGUACAUGUCAUUCCCUCGCUCCCUAUCUAGCCAAAAACAAUAAUAAACUGAAUAACAAAACUGGCACCGACUUCCUACAAACCACCGAAUAGGGUGUAUUUACAAGGUCCACAUAUAACCAUAUUUACAAAAUCUACAUGGAAAACACAUACAACAGGACGCACAUACAACGAGGCAGAAAACACAAAAUGACUAAAUCAACCCAUUCGACAAUACACUGUGCUUUGCACAACGGGGUAGUACGGCACGCAAGCCACAGCAUACAACCAUUCAAAACCGGCUUUUUCUCUCUUCCUCUUCUCCCUUUCACUUUCGCCGACGUGGUUUAAAUGUCCCCCUGAAAGUCGCAGCCAGCCAAUAGCACGACGAAGAGGCGGGGCAUAGCGUGUCAUGUGAUGAACGUCCAGUGGCAUGCAGGCGGAUAUGUGACGUAAUUCGAGGGGCUGAAACAAGAACCAGACACCGAAAGACACCAGUGACCGUCACAAAAAUAAUAAGCAAAAUUCAAAAAACAUAAAGGCGUAACAAAACCAGAACAUGCACAAAUUUAACAUGGUAUUUAAAUUAUUGUAACAUUGAUAAAAUAUAGUGCAUGUAUGUUAGAAUAACAAGUUAUUGUUCACAAUACUAUAUAUCAGUUGGUUCUGAAUGCAGGCUGUGGACUUUCAUUCAUUCAUUCACUCUU